AUGGUCCAUGUCAGGUUUCCUCGACGACGGUCCGCACUCCGUACCCUUCAUUCCUCCUCCAUUCGCGGGCACUCUGGGGUUGGCGCAGGCCGUGCAUCUUACUCACCACACACUGCAUCUGAGAGUGCCUGCCCCCAAAGAAACGAAAAGCGACAACCACACUCACCUCAGAGCAGGCAGACCCGAGUGAACACACAGAGUCAGCGUUUGAGUGUUUGGAAGGGGGGGGAAAGUAAAGGGACCCUUCAAAGGCAACGGCUGGGGCAAUCAUCUGAACGGGGGGGACGGCCAUUAGAUUGGGGCCUUGCGCGCGACGACGCUUUUACUACGAAACCUUGUGCCAAAAUAAGGUGCUUCACUCUCUCUCAAUGCGGCGAGAUGAGCACAAGCAAAAGUGUCACACAAAAGUAUGAGAGAUUGCCCAUCUCACCACACUGCAUCAGUUGA